UCAGGCAGCGAUGUCAUUACGUCACUGCUGAAAUGAAAGUGGCCAGGCGCCGCGCUGGCAUCAUCACCUACAGUGCAUCGGCAGAAGAGCGGGAGCGGUGGGAUUGUGGCAGCCUCUUUCUCGUCUUCCGCGACUCCUCCUCUAAAUUCUACACGUGCACAAGGAUCAUCGAGCGGAAUUAUAGUAGCCACGACGCGACAUCAGACAGCAGCUUAACUGCAUCGCGGUAACCUGCCACAAUGUCUUCAUCAGUAAGCGAGACCGAGGAGGUGCGCGUCGCCUCACUGACGCCUCUGAAGUUGGUGGGACUGGUGUGCGUGUUCCUCGCGCUGUGCUUGGACGUGGGAGCGGUGAUGAGCCCGGCGUGGGUGACUGCUGAUGACCAGUACUACCUCUCCCUGUGGGAAGCGUGCUGGAAAGCGACUUCGUCCGAGAACUGGCAGUGCAACAGCACGCUGGAGUCAGACUGGCAGAUUGCCACCCUGGCCUUGUUGCUAGGCGGAGCUGCCCUCGUGCUCCUCUCCUUCCUGGUGGCCCUGGUGUCAGUGUGUAUCGGCACCCGGCGACACUUCUACAGACCCGUCGCCGUCAUGCUGUUCGCUGCAGUGGUGCUGCAGGGAUGCAGUUUGGUCCUUUACCCCAUCAAGUUCAUCGAAACCAUCAGCCUGAGGAUAUACCAUGAAUUCAACUGGGGGUAUGGUCUGGCCUGGGGCGCCACCAUCUUCUCCUUCGGUGGGGGGGUUCUCUACUGCCUCAACCCCAAAAACUAUGAGGACUACUACUGACCCUGCUGGAUCGCACCAUUGUGACCCCCCCUCUGUUGCCGCUGGCUGUCAUACAGUACAUAUAUGAUGCUAAUACACACUAGAGAGAGAGGUACACACACACACACACACACAUGCACGCAAGCAGCGGCUCAGUGCUGGGAUGGAUAAAGUCACAGUAUUUAAUAGAACCCUCCGUUCCCUCUCCAGUACCUGUUCUAUGGACUCACAGAAGCACCCUCACCAACCAUGGAACUGUCUUACGUACGGGUGCCUCAGUACUUGAAGUAUUACCGACAAUGGAAGGUUGGGCCUUGGGGUACAGGGGUGAGGCUGGUUGAAGAACUCGGGUUUGACUGUGAAUGCUAACGGUCUACGACCUGUGAACGGACCAAUCGGAAAAAGAGGGAUUCUUGUUUUUUUGGGGUGAGUGACAGGAAAGGCCGCCGAUGGUUUGUGAGACUCAGUAAGUCUCCAUGGAACAAAUGAGCGGAACACCUCUCCCCAGUAGGGGUUCAGCGUGUCCCAGUCCCCCCCCCGAAAACGAUGGAUCCCCGCUGCAGUCGUGUAACCGUAGCCAGUGAGGAACAUAGAGACAGACAGGAAGACUGGUGAGGGUGUAGCCCUGUCAUGUGGUACUUGUCCUAUAGCUUGUGUACUGUCUCAACCUAGCUAGCUAUAUAAGGGUUUUUUCGAUGUAGGAAUGUUAACAUGGACUAGAGGAGAAAUACAGCUAGCAUAGUUCUGUUUGUUAACAGAUUUACUCGUUCAAUUAUAUUCCAAUGAAAUGUAACCCCACGUAAAUAUUAUUUUUAUGCUUAUUCUAGUAGACUGGAGGGUGGGUUGAUUAAUGGUGGUUGUAGGGAGUUUGGAUGUGUCCGUAGACUGUGGCGAGAGAGUUUGUGUGUGUGUGUGUGUGUGAGAGAGUGUUCUUGGAAGCACGCGUGUGUUGGCAUGUUUUAGAUGCCAUGGUAGAGAUGUGUUUCAGUAUUCAUCUCUUUGUACGUUGACACAAUAAA